AUGACGAUGGCCUGGCGGCGCAUCCUGCGAGUUCGCGGCUGGUACGUACCCCCCUCGGGUUUGACCCGGGGCACGACGGCGCUGGACCACGAGUUCGGCGACCACCAGAUGAGGGUCGAGGACGGCGUCCUCAUGCGCACGCCUCGUGCCGAGGGGCCCGCGUGCCCCGUGGCCCAGGAGUCCCACGGCCUUGGCUCGACCGACGCCGCCGAGCUGCGCACCGCCGCGUCCGCGCCCGCGCUGAUGGGCCCGGCGCCCUCGGUGAUCGGGGCCCGGGCGCUGGGCGGCGCGCCGCCGGGCGACGACGAGCAGCCCAGCGGCCACUCCCACUCGCCGGGGCCGCGCCCCCGCACCAGCCGGUCGGCCUCGCCCGAGGUGGGCUCGCCGCUCCCGCGCGCUGGGGCGAGGUCGCGGCCGAGGCCUCCCAGCGUCGAGGACCCGACGCUGGUGGCCAUGGCGGGCAAGCACGCGCGGCACUUCGUGCCCGAGCGGCUGCCCUGGCAGGUGCUCAGCCGCAUGACGCGGGUGCUGCAGCUGUGCUGGGGCUGGUCGGGGCUGAUGGCCCUACUCAAGGAGGUGGGCAUCUACCAGGUGGACUUCCAGCAGCACAUCGGCGGGGAGAGGAGGCGGCUCAGCGCGGCGGAGCCCUGGACGUUCGAGCCGCUCGCCGUCGAGUGGCCGCUCGGCUCCUUCUUCCGCCCCCAAGCGCUGUUCUGCCACCCGGAUGGCCUCGGCGGCCUGCUAGUGGCCAGCCCGUACGCGCUGUACGCCGCCAACGGCACGGCCGAGGGGCCGCAGGUGUGGCUGCGAGAGGCGGGCCGCGCCCAGAUCCCCGCGUCCACGGCCCUGCUGUGCGACUGGCAGGCCGAGGGCGGCGCCGCCGCGCUGGCGGCGGCGUCCGCGUGCCUGCUGGCCGCGCCCGCCGCGGGCGGCGUCCAGAUGUGGCGCGCCGGGGCGGCGGCUGCGGCGGAGGUGCCGCCGCCGCUGCCCAUCGACGGCGCGCCCUGGACGCUGCUGGCCGGCGCGUCCGUGCCCUGCGCCGCCGUGGCGGCGCUGCUGCCCGCGCGGGAGGCGGCCGCUGGCGGGCGGUGCGCGCUGCUGGCGGGCUGGGACGGCGCGCUGCUGCCGGUGGCCGUCGUGCCGCUGCCUCGGGGCCCAGGCCAGCCCCCGCCCCCCGGCGCGCGGGUGCGGCCGAGCGUGGACGCGCCCCUCGGGGGAACCGACCGGCCGCACGACCGCGGGCGGCUUCGCUGGGCCGCGCGGGCUCCGCGGGCCGGCGCGUCGGACGGCACUCCCUGCCCGGGCGGCGUCGCCGCGCUGACCCUGGAGCCCCUCUCCGGCAGGCUCUGGGCGGUGCUCCACAGCGGAGACAUCCUGGCCUGGGACCUCUUCGGCGCCUCCGUCGUCGGGCGCUGGAGGCCCGCCUGGCCGCGCGGCCUGGCAGCCACCGGCUUCGUGCCUGCGGCGGUGUGCGAGGACCCGGAGCGAGGCCUCCUCGUCCUCGGCCGCAGCACGGGCCUGGGCGCCGUGCUGCUCUUCGCCGAGUCGCCCUGGGGGCCCCCGCUCGGCGUCGCCGGCGCGCUGGAGCCGUCCUUUGCGUUCUGA